AUGUCGGAAAGCAAAAUAUUCUACAAGUAUAAGGCACAUGAAAUAAGAGGGGAGUUGGUUUCGGAUUCUGGUAAGGCCAGAGGUAGUUCGAAGAGGAAACUAUGUCUUCGAAAGAUUAUAGCGAAUUUGAUCAUGGGAAAUUAUCAUGAAAUGGCACAAUUAUUCGUUGACGUUCUACAAAUAUGGAAUAGUGAAAAUGAUUUAGAGAUAAAACGAAUGUGUCAUCAAUAUUUUUGCACUUUGACUCCAUCAAAGCCUGAUCAGUUAAGAAUGGCUCUCCCAAUUAUCCUACAAGACCUUCUAUCCAAUUCUGAAGAGCUGUGCAUUUUAUCAUUGCGCACAAUAACGUCGAUAGAUGAACCGGAGUAUAUUCAAGAAGGCUUCCAGCAUGUGAAGAAGCUAAUCAUGACAACUUCAAAAAUAUCUAUUCCACUAAGGAAGGCAGCUAUCCAUUCUCUGAUCAAAAUGGAUCAAUUAGAUCAUACGAAAGUUUUAGAACUAUAUUAUUUUCUCAUGGAUAUGUUGGACUACGGUAAAGAAGAACCCACAAUAUUGGUUGCCGCUGUCACAGUACUUCAUGAAAUUCAUGUUAGCAAUCCUGAUAUGAACCCACUCCAACUAACGCAGAACAUAUGCUUCAAUCUCUUAGAGGUAUUAGGAAAAAUCAAUGAAUGGGAUAUUGCGAUUCUAUUCGAUAUACUUACUACUGCAUACUUACCAAAAACGCAUUCUGAAGCUCACCAUCUUAUCGAUCUUUCUGUACCGAAAUUGCAUAAUUUGAAUUCAUCUGUCGUGCUCAAUGCUCUAAAAUUUAUUAUCUAUCUAACAAAUUACGUUGAUUACAUUGAAGAGAGGCUUGUGAGAAAGUUCUCAAGCUCCUUGACUUCUUUAUUGAAUAAGCCUCCUGAAAUUCAAUUUCUGGUAUUGAGAAAUGUAAUCUUACUUUUACUAUCGCGUGACUCUCCACUGAUACACCUUGAACCUAAUAACUUCUUCAUUGAAUAUUCUGACCCGACUUAUAUCAAAGAUACAAAAUUAGAGAUUUUAUAUCUCUUAGCGAAUGAAGAAAACACUUCUCAAAUUCUUGACGAAUUAAAGGGUCAAGCAACAGAUAUCGAUAUCCAAAUGUCCAAAAAGUCAAUCAGAGCAAUUGGUAAUUUGGCAGUUAAGUAUCCACAUUCAGCAAGAUAUAGUGUUGACGUCUUGCUCGAACUUCUAGAAUUUGGCGUCGAUUACAUUGUGCAGGAAGUCGUUUCCAUGCUCAAAAAUGUUCUAAGGAAAUACCCUAAUCAGUUUGACUUCGUAGUUCCACUUUUACCGCAAUAUUCUGAUUCCAUCCAAGAUUCUGAAUCGAAAUGUGCAAUGAUAUGGAUCGUCACCAACCAUUCAAAUCAAUUGGAAGACCCAAUAGGUGUAUUCCGCAAAUAUUCUGAUAACUUCAAUACUGAAGGUCUAGAAGUUCAAUUAUUGCUUCUCAACUCGGCAGUGAAAUUUUUCUGCAGAGCGCAAUCAAAAGAAACUGAACAGUUGUGUCUUAAAUUAUUGUCAGGAGCCACAGAAAUUAACGAUAAUCCCGAUCUUAGAGAUAAUGCAUAUAUGUAUUGGAGAUUAUUGUCAUUGGCAGGAAACUCUUCUGAGCCACUAUUUAACAACGAUGUGGUACGGGACAUGAUAGAUGGUGAACUUCCUGUCAUUGAAAUCAACACAAAAUUGGAUCCAAUUGUUAGAGAAGAGUUGGAGUUAAACAUUGGUAGCAUUUUAUCGGUAUAUUUGAAGCCUGUUUCCCAAGUUUUCCGGGGUGUAAGCCCUAAGAAGUUGCCGGAAAGUCCAGCACUUAAUCAUGAAAAAUCAUCCUUGUCUAUAAUUAAUGACUCUAUCAGUAACAAUUCUACUGGAAGUUUCCACGGUUCUGAUACUACUCGGAGAUCCAGUUCUCCAAUUAAGAAAAUGACAGAUUUCGAUAGACCAGCUGAAACAGUAAACCAACUGAAAGACAAAAGAAAAUCCAGCAUAUCUCUUUCAGCGACAAAACUAGCAAGAAAGCCAUCGAUGCUCGCAAGAAAAUUGUCGAUGCGGAAGCCUUUCCAAUGA